AUGAAGGAGGUAACUGUCACAAUUUUAUUUGUCCUCUUGGGUCUUUCUGAUAAUUUUGACCUUCAGAUUGUGAUUUUUCUUCUUUUAUUUAUCACAUAUGUACUAAGUGUCGCUGGAAACCUGAUUAUCAUCACCCUCACCUUGGUGGACUCCCAUCUACAGACGCCUAUGUAUUUCUUCCUCCGGAACUUCUCUUUCUUAGAAAUCUCAUUUACAACUGUAUGUAUCCCUAGAUUUCUGGGGGCAAUUAUCACCAGGGAUAAGACUAUUUCCUAUAAUAACUGUGCAACCCAACUAUUUUUCUUUAUUUUCAUGGGGGUGACUGAAUUUUACCUUCUAACCGCCAUGUCCUAUGACCGCUAUGUGGCCAUCUGCAAGCCCCUUCAUUAUACAAUCAUCAUGAACAGGAAGCUCUGCGCCCUGCUUGUGCUGUGUGCGUGGCUGGGAGGGUUUCUGACCAUUUUCCCUCCCCUUAUGCUUCUCCUCCAGCUGGAUUACUGUGCUUCUAAUAUCAUUGAUCACUUUGUAUGUGACUAUUUCCCCCUUUUACAACUAUCUUGCUCAGAUACAUGGCUCCUAGAAGCAAUUGGUUUUUACUUUGCUUCGGUUACUUUGCUAUUCACUUUGGGUUUGGUGAUUUUAUCGUAUGUGUACAUUAUCAGGACUAUUUUGAGAAUCCCAUCUGCCAGUCAGAGGAAAAAGGCUUUCUCCACUUGUUCCUCUCAUAUGAUUGUCAUUUCCAUUUCUUAUGGAAGCUGUAUAUUCAUGUAUGCGAAUCCCUCUGCAAAAGAAAAGGCAUCAUUGAUCAAAGGAGUAGCCAUUCUCAAUACCUCUGUUGCUCCCAUGCUCAACCCCUUCAUUUACACCCUGAGAAACCAGCAAGUAAAACAAGCCUUCAAAGACAUGGUCCAUAAAGUAGUGCUUUCUACAAAUAAAUGA